AUGUUUACCGGAAUCGUUGAACUCAUAGGCACUGUUGCAGAGUACAAAGAAUACGACACUUCCCAUAGCGGUGGGGGUGGUGUAUCGGUGACUGUGAAAGACGCCUCGCCGAUUUUGGGUGAUUGUCACAUAGGAGACUCUAUUGCAAUCAAUGGAAUAUGUUUAACUGUUACAGAGUAUGAUUCAGACAGUUUUAAAGUUGGUAUUUCCCCGGAAACCAUUCGGAGAACCAACGUUGCGUCUUGGCAGGCAGGCGCCCAAGUAAAUCUAGAAAGAGCAGUCGGUCAAGACGUAAGAUUUGGUGGUCACUAUGUACAGGGGCACGUUGAUGGAGUUGCUGAAAUUGUUAGCUGUGUACCAGAGGGCAACUCCAUUAUCUUCGGCUUCAAAUUACGUGAUAAAGUGUUUGAAAAGUAUAUCGUAGAGAAAGGAUAUAUAUGCAUCGACGGCACGUCUUUGACAAUUACAGGAAUGGACAGCAAUGGAGUCUUUUACAUUGCUAUGAUUAAACACACACAAGAGAAAGUGGUGAUGCCAUUGAAAUCCGUAGGUCAAGAGGUAAAUAUCGAAGUGGACUUGACAGGGAAAGUAAUUGAGAAACAAGUCAUCUUGCAGCUGCAAGAUCAGAUUGAUAAUGAAAACUCUCCGCUAUCAAACCUGGUUGAGAAGCUAAUAAACCAAAAAUUGGAGAAACUUCUCAAAUAA